ACCCUUGUUUUUUUACGUGGAAGUCAACACUUGUGAGUACUUCCUGCUUGGACGAGGGAUUGGCGAUGGCGGUGGAGCGCGAGAGGAUUAGGGAUGCGAUCCAUUCCACGGCGCUGGUGGACGGCCACGCGCACAAUCUCGUCGGUAUGGAUUCCCACAUGCCGCUGCUCCAGGCCUUCUCCGAGUCGCAGGGCGAAGCCCUCGCGCGAUUUGGAUCCCAGACGCUGUGCUUCAAGAGAAGCUUGCGAGAUCUCUCACAGCUAUACGGGACCGACGCUUCGCUCGAGAGCAUCGAGGCCCAUCGACAAGCCGCCGGCUUGGAAGCUCUCACGCGCGAAUGCUUCCACGCCGCCGGGAUUUCAGUGCUGCUACUCGACGAUGGACUAGCAAUGGACAAAAUGAAAGCUCUCGACUGGCACAAGGGAUUUGUUCCAGUGGUCCACCGUGUGCUCCGGAUCGAAAUAGUUGCCGAGGCCAUCCUAAAAGAGGGCCCCCCAGGUGGUGUCACUUGGACACUUGAUAGUUUUGCCGAUCGAUUUGUUGGCAGCUUGAAAUUACUCUCGGAAGGAGUUGUGGCAUUUAAGAGCAUCGCUGCGUACAGGAGUGGCCUUGAUAUUGAUCCCACCGUGUCGAGGCGAGAUGCCGAGCAAGGACUCGUGCAAGAUAUGGUCAGCAGCCCUCUGCGAUUAAAAAACAAGCUGCUCUUGAAUUUUCUCUUCGUCCUAGCUCUCGAAGUUGCGUGUUCUCAGGAUCUGCCCAUGCAAAUACAUUCGGGGUUUGGCGACAAAGAUUUAGAUCUUCGCUUGUCAAAUCCUUUGCACCUGCGAGCUGUUUUGGAAGACGAAAGGUUUAAAAAGUGCCGUCUGGUCCUGCUCCAUGCUUCAUAUCCAUUUGUUCAGGAGGCUUCGUACUUGGCCAGCGUUUAUGCACAAGUGUAUUUGGACUUUGGCCUUGCUAUCCCAAAGCUUAGCAUCCGAGGAAUGGAAAACACGUUAAGCCAGCUCCUGGAGCUCGCCCCGCUUGAUAAGAUGAUGUUUAGUACAGAUGGAUACGCAUUUCCGGAAACGUAUUAUCUUGGGACGAAAUGGACCCGGGAGGUUUUAACAAAGGUUUUGUACAACGCUUACGUCGAUGGGGAUCUCUCUGUUGAAGAGAGCAUUGCCGCAGCGGAAGGAAUCCUCCAAAAGAACGCCUUGUCUUUCUAUAAACUUAAUGGCGAUGCCGCCUCCAGCCCAUCUACGGCGGCCAUUAAAAAAAUGGUGCACGGUAAGGACAAAGUCAUGGCAGCGGACAAGGAAAUCAAACAAGUCCGGCUGCUAUGGGGAGAUGGCUCAGGACAGAGGCGAUGUCGGGUUGUUCCAGCUGAAAGGUUCAAGACUUCAAUUUUAAAGCAUGGUGUUGGUCUUGUCGAGUGUGGAAUGGCACUUCCGGCUGGAAUCGAUGCUGUUGCAAAAGGAUCCGGUUUGAGUGCGGUUGGAGAGGUCAGGUUGAUGCCAGAUCUAGCAACCAAGCGCAGACUACCAUGGUAUCCACAACACGAAAUAGUCCUUGGAAACAUGCACAUCGUACCUGGGAGUCCUUGGGAGUGCUGUCCAAGAGGCACAUUGCAAUGCACGCUGGAGAUACUGAAAAAGGAGUUUAACCUGGAAAUACGUGUUGGAUUCGAAAACGAGUUCUAUUUGCUUAAGCCGUCAAAACAAGGGCCUUUGAACUGGACUGGGCUGGAUACUACCAACUAUUGCUCCGCAAUAUCUUUUGAUUCCUCGUCACAUAUCAUGGAUGACAUCUACGACUCAUUGAAAAAGCUAGAUAUCGAGGUGGAACAGAUGCAUGCAGAAGCAGGCAAUGGACAGUUCGAGAUUUCUCUCAACCAUUGUCCAGCAAGUACUGCAGCUGAUAACGUGCUUUUGCUACGAGACACUGUCAAGUCUAUUGCUCUUAAGCACCAUAUUAAUGCAACAUUCUUGCCAAAGUACUUUGCAAAUGACCUUGGCUCGGGUUCGCAUGUCCACAUGAGUCUUUGGGAAGGGGGAGUAAACAAGCUCAUGGACGAAACCUCCCGCUACGGCAUGUCCCCGCUUGGUGAAGAGUUCCUUGCUGGAGUUUUGCACCACCUGCCUUCCAUUCUAGCAUUUACCGCACCACAUCCUAACAGCUACGCACGACUUCGUCCAUGCACUUGGAGUGGAGCGUUUCAGUGCUGGGGCCACAGCAACCGAGAGGCCGCAUUGCGCACACUGUCGCCACCGGAUGCUGAUGGAGUUAGUAACUUCGAGCUCAAAGCUUUCGAUGGCAUGGCCAAUCCGCACCUGGGACUUGCGGCGAUUGUAGCAGCAGGAAUCGAUGGUUUGAGGAAACACAUGGUUCUUCCCGAAGGAAUAAGUAAGUUCUUCUCUUGCAAGUUGAAAGUUUCUCUUUUAAAACUCCGUGCUCCGUCUCUCUUUUCCAGGCGUCGAUCCUUCCACACUUCCGAAAGGCACAGUCCCGAGCCUGCCGUCAGAGCUAAGCGCCGCGGUGGAAGCUCUCAACGCAAACAAGGACUUGAAGAGCAUCCUGGGCGAGAAGCUAGUGAGAGCCAUAUGCGCCAUACGCAUGUUCGACGUUGAUAUGUGUAGAAACUCCAACCCGGAGCAAUUGCUCGACCAGCUCGCCGACAGUUUCUAAAACACCACACUGAGGAGCAAAAGUUAGAUUUGCUUUUUGGCUUUGCAACUGACUUUGUGUCGCAACAGCCAAAUUGUAAAAGAUCGUACUAAAAGAUCGCUUAAAGUUUUCUCCUGGGAA